AGGAGGGUGAAGGGAGAAUACAGAGAGCAGCAAAAAGAAACAACAUAACCUGAAAAGAAUAGAUCAGCUGGCAAGUGAUAAAGUAUUUUUAAUCGUAUUUUAAAGCGAGUGGAAUAUAAUAACAUAUAGUGCGUGUAAUGAGCAAUAAAAACACGUUCUAAUAAAAAUGGUGAUUCUGUUUGCACGGUAAAGAUUUAAGUAACAAUUACACAUUAAGUUACAAAUCAGGGUGGAUAUUAAAUUUCCAAAAAGAUGAGGGCUAUAUUGAUAUUCGAUCACCUGAAUGAUGUGAUAUUCGUAAAGUACAAUAAAAAAUUUACGUGCCAUAUCCUCAAGUUGGCGAGGAUGCAAGGGCUGUUGGAUGAUGAUAAGGAUAUCACAGACUUAGAAACUUCUAUACCCAGUCCUAAUAUUAUAAUGCAGCUGUUUUCACCCAUUGUUACCUCCCAGCAUGUGAUGGCUUCGCAAUUUGGAAAUUCCUAUACCUCUUUAGGGGGAUCCAGAGAGUCUUCCGUGAACGAAGGUCUUUCAUCUUUAACCGAUGAUGAUCUCUACAGCCAAUUGCUCUUCCUCGGCUAUCAGCAUAACUACACGGCCAACGCAGUUCACAUCUUUGAGUUAUCAGAUUCCAUCAAUUUGAUAACAAUUGUUGAAGCCACAAAUCUUUCUACUUCCUCGGGAUUAUGCGACAGUUUUCACUAUUUAAAUAUGAUAAAUACCUUGCAGUUUCAACGAGACCUCGACGAGUUGAAGCCUGCUUUCGAGAACCUCGAUAUAGCGAUCAAAAAGGUGCUGGAAGGAAUUUAAAAAAAUCGUUCGAAUGUCAGUAACGACGUCGAUAUGUGUCAGAAGAGAUUACAGACCAAGUGGGAUUGUCGGAAAAAGUACAACGAUCUUCUGCGUUCCAGAGAUCUCGAAGUAGUCCUACAGAUCGAGGCUAAUAUUUCCGGUUUCGUGGAAACUUUAAAAGAGUUGUUACGUUUGACAUGUUUUGAUAGAAAUUUCCUAAAGCAAGGAAUUGAUGUUCUGACGACGGUCGGUAGACUCGUGAGACAAAAAUUGAAUGACUUCAGCGACUUUUUGAAAGUCAAAGCUCUGAAGAACUUCACACUAGGAUCGAGAACUUCCCUAACUAUCAACAAGUAUCUGGAGGAGUUUCCGGGAUUGGUGCACUUCAUUUACAUCGACAGGACGACUCAUAGACUUGUAGCACCAACAUUGGACUUUACAAGUAACGAAACGCUUGCUCUUACGACGAAGAAAAUCUGGAACAUGGUUGAGCAAAGCAGAAUGCAUUUGCAGGAAGGUCAUCUUUCAGUUAUGUGGAAGGACACUACAUUCAAUUAUUCUUAUUUUCUAUGGUUUGAGGAUAAUUCUGGAUGUUCACCGCCGAAAUGUAAAGUCUAUUUGAAUUAUGUAAUGAAAAAUUUUCCAGUACCAGGGAUACUUUGUGGAGAUUAUUACAGGAAACUUACUGAAACAUGUUUCCCCAAACUUUCACCGAGGAAGGUCCGAAUUUAUGAACUGUAUUGCGUGCAUUUGGGAUUGACUACAUCAACCUGCGUUUUGGAACAUUCCCGAAGACUGGCAGCUACUAUCUGGGAGGUUACCGGAGUGCCCAACAAUCCCACAGAUAUAUUCUAAACUUACAUUCCUUGAGCAAAAGAGUUCCAUAAUCUUUAUAGAUCUUUAGAUCUUGAAUUUAAAUUUUUGUGCAUUUUUAAUUUAAAUUUUUGAAAAUUUUUUUUAGAUUCGAAUUUCUGUGAUAUUUAGGAGAAUCUUAAAUUUUUUCUAUAAGUUUCUACACCUUUCGGAUCUUUAUUUUUCAUAAUAUUA